UAGUUUGUAAAGUGGGCCCAUGGCGUAAGGGUUUCUGGUGGGCCCCUGGCAUCCCAGUCCGACAUUGAUUCUAGGUAUAUUGAUGAAUGUAUUAUGAAUGAUAAUGUACAGGCACACUGAUCAAUGUGUUACAGUCACAUCUAUAUCAUAUUGUUGGCCAACAAGACUAUGAAAUGUGAUUUUUAUUUGCAUGUUCCUCAUACACUUCAUUAACGUGGUGAAAAAUGAGCCCCAAUGGGCACGCUGGCAGUGAAGCCAAUGUGGACUCAUGGGAAGGUAUGAAAGCGAGGCUCUCCGGAUUAUUAUGCUGAACUACAGAACCCAGCAGCAUCUUUGGAAAUUGCCGAGCGGCUGAACAGUCGGUUGCCGCGGCGGAGUGGAGGGAGUUUUGUGAGGAAACAAGAGGUGCCUCUUUCUCCUGGAGGUGUCGCUUUCUCUUUGUCUUGCAUUCCCCAGCAGCACAGCAGAAGGUGCAAGUGUGGCAGAGGGGGGUGCGGAAGUGCUGCACAUUAUCAGCUGCAGCCAGAGAUGCUUCCCCGCCUCCACCUCCCCUCCAGCAGCAGCAGCCGACAGAGGAGAGACAGCUAAUGCAUGUGUUGUGGGGAGCUGACAAGUGCACAGCUGAUGUGGAGCCUCUCCCCUCCUGUAGCCCCCUGGUCGGCUGACAAAGGACUCCUGGCCCCCUGUCCGUCACCAUGGCCGGGACUAGCAGGCUGGAGCUCAUCCAUCACAUCUCUGUCAUUUACCUUGUGAAUGUUUUUACACGUGGAUGGAUUGAAACAGCUGUUCCACAUGCAGCAGCCUGCAGUGGCAAACUGGAGCAGCAUACAGAAAGAAGAGGGGUCAUUUACAGCCCAGCUUGGCCUAUGAACUACCCCCCAACAAUGAAUUGCAGUUGGUACAUCCAAGGAGAUCAUGGCGAUGUGAUCACAAUUAGUUUUAAGAAUUUUGAUGUUGAAGAAUCUCACAAGUGCUCUGUUGACUGGCUGCUGAUUGGGCCUUCGUCAAGAAGGGAGGAGUACAAAGUAUGUGGCUCUGCCAUCCCCCCUGCCUUCACCUCUUCACGCGAUCAUGUCUGGAUUUUCUUCCACUCUGAUGCAUCAAGCUCAGGACAGUCUCAGGGAUUUCGUCUUUCAUAUAUUAAAGGAAAAAUGGGUCUGACUUCUUGCCCUGCUGAAGAGUUUUUAUGCGGGAAUGGCAAGUGUAUUCCAAACAGCUGGAAGUGUAACUCCCUAGAUGAAUGUGGGGAUAACACUGAUGAGAGAAACUGUACAUUCCCUUCUGCAGAAACACAUACCAGCUUAUGCCCACUUGGCACUUUCCCGUGCAGCGCUGCUCACUCUAUGCAGUGCUUGCCUAAUGAACUGCGAUGCAAUACUGUAAAAGACUGCAGCAACGGUUCAGAUGAAGAAAAUUGCCCGGAUAUAAAAUGUGGCGGAAAACUCAGCAAUUUCUAUGGUUCCUUUGCCUCUCCUGAUUUCUUUCGUGCUGAUCACAGCAUAACAGAUCUGCAGUGCACGUGGUAUGUGGAUACUCAAGAUAAUCGACAUGUUAUUCUGCAAAUAAGCUUGCAGCUGGGCUACAAUGACUUUGUGCGAGUGUAUGAUGGUAUUGGUGAGAGAAGUGAAAGACUCUUGCAUACUCUUUCCUAUCACAACAAUAAACACACUGUCCUUUCUGAAUCUCCAAAUGGGCAACUCACUUUAUUAUACCAUGCACGAUCAAAAAGUAUGGGCCAUGGCUUUAAUGCAACUUAUCAGGUCAAAGGUUACUGCCUCCCUUGGGAGCAUCCUUGUGGCAGUGAUGAGGGGUGCUUCUCUGACAGCCAACGUUGUGAUGGUUGGUGGCAUUGCCCUAAUGGCAAAGAUGAAGCAAACUGCCCAGCCUGUCAAAUGAAUGAGUACCCUUGUGAAGGAGGCAGCGGCCUCUGCUAUUCUUCCCUUGAUCGAUGCAACAAUCAGAAGAACUGUCCUGAUGGCUCAGAUGAGAAGAACUGCUUCACUUGUCAACCUGGCAAUUUUCACUGUGGGACCAACCUAUGUAUCUUUGAGACCUGGCGCUGUGAUGGCCAAGAAGAUUGCCAGGAUGGAAGUGAUGAAGAGAAUUGCCUGGUGAUUGUACCCAGGAAGGUCAUUACAGCAGCACUUAUUGGCAGCCUUGUGUGUGGACUACUUCUAGUAAUAGCUCUGGGCUGUGCAUUCAAACUUUAUUCACUACGGAGCAGAGAGUACAGGGCUUUUGAAACUCAGAUGACACGCCUUGAGGCAGAGUUUGUGAGGCGCGAGGCUCCCCCUUCAUAUGGGCAGCUUAUUGCACAAGGUCUUAUUCCUCCUGUUGAAGAUUUUCCAGUAUUCAGUGACUCUCAAGUUUCCAUGCUACAGAACAUCCGAACAGCUAUGAGGCGGCAAAUGAGACGUCAUUCUUCCAGAAGGAUUUCCUCUAGAAGGCGUUUGGGAAGACUUUGGAACAGACUGGUUCACCGCCCACGCGCACGGGGACAGAUUCCCCUCCUGACAUCCAUUCUGUCACAAACACGAUAUAGCGAGACAGAAAACAGCAUAAAUGAAGACAACUGGCAAAGUCCAUCAACUCCCCCUGAACGAUUUUACACAUUCGCCAGCAAUCAAGACUCAAGUCCUGAUCUUUCUUCCAAUGAUUUACAUUUUGAGCUGGAAGCCAUAGAGCAGCUUCCGUUAAAUGAUUUACAAAACACUUGCAGAGACUUGCACAUGCCUUUUCAGGCAGAACAGUUGGCUCCAAAUUCAGACUCAAGGGAGCCUUGUCACAGCAACUGUAAUUCAGCCAUAACUGAAAGUAUCGAAGUUACAUUGGAAGACUGUUUGUCAUUACCUUUCCAAGAAGAAGGUUUGGUUCCCCUGCCACAAAGGACUUCAACAGAGGGUGCCAAUCACAUCCACAGCCAUCAACAGGGUUUAAAAAAGCCCAGUAAUUUGCCUUUAAAAAGAAUAAACUUGGAUCAGGUAGACAGCAAAAUGAAUGUCCAGAUUCAGGUUAACAAGGAGCCAUGUUCCUGUGCAAUGUCUUGUCAGGACGAGCCUUUAGGUGUACAUAGUAGCAUUUAUCAUUCAGUGGAAAAUGGGACAGAGGAGGUUCCUCACCCGCUCUCAGAAAGUUACACUAGUGAUGACGAGUCACUACUGGUUUUCUAAUAAAAGUUCUUCUAUCUUA